CCGAGCCCCGCCCCGAGCCUGCGUCCUGCCGGUUGUCCUGCUAGUCGCUUCCCUAAGUGGCGAAACUGUAGGAAGAGGAAUCUAGUAAAGAAUAUAUUUGCCUUUUUCAGCGCCCCAAGCCGAGCACCAUGCUUGUUUUCCGAAGUGUCCUGACUAAGGCUCUGGCCGCGCGGACAUUGACGCCUCAGGUGUGCUCAUCUUUUGCUACAGGACCUAGACAAUGGGAUGGAACAUUCUAUGAAUUCCGUACCUAUUAUCUUAAGCCUUCAAAGAUGAAUGAGUUUCUGGAAAAUUUUAAGAAAAACGUACAUCUUCGGACAGCUCACUCUGAACUGGUUGGAUACUGGAGUGUUGAAUUUGGAGGCAGAAUGAAUAAAGUGUUUCAUAUUUGGAAGUAUGAUAAUCACACUCAUCGAACUGAAGUUCGGAAAGCCUUAGCCAAAGAUAAGGAAUGGCAAGAACAAUUUCUCAUUCCGAAUUUGGCUCUGAUCGAUAAACAAGAGAGUGAGAUUACUUACCUGGUGCCAUGGUGCAAGUUAGAAAAGCCUCCAAAAGAAGGAGUCUACGAACUGGUUACUUUUCAGAUGAAACCAGGUGGGCCAGCUCUGUGGGGUGAUGCCUUUAAAAGGGCAGUUAUGGCCCAUGUCAAUCUAGGCUACUCAAAACUAGUCGGAGUUUUCCACACAGAAUACGGAGCACUCAACAGAGUUCAUGCUCUUUGGUGGAAUGAGAAUGCAGACAGCCGUGCAGCUGGGAGACACCAGUCUCAUGAGGAUCCCAGGGUCGUGGCAGCUGUUCGGGAAAGUGUCAAUUACCUAGUGUCUCAGCAGAAUAUGCUUCUGAUCCCUACAUCAUUUUCACCAUUGAAAUAGUUUCCCACCAAAGUACAAAGCAUUUUCAUUAAGUGUCUUAAGAUGUGUCUGCUAAUGGUACUUCAGUUCUCCCAAGCGAAUCUCACUUUUAUUUGAAGAAGGUGGUAAGUUAAUUCGCUACGUCUCUGUAUUUUUAAAGCCAUCUCUGUUCUUUGUCGUUACCACCUCAGAAAACAGUCCUGUUCAUUUUCCCCAUGGCAUUUCAGUAGCUAUUUUACAUUAGAAGUAGUUGCAACUAUUCAUGAUCUUUAGUUUUCAUUUCUUUCAGGUUAUCUCUUAUUCUCUAUUUUGACGACCCUUGGCUUUAUAGCAUUUUCUUGUAUUUAAGUGAUGUUUUUACAUUUUUGUGCCUGACAGGACAUGCAAUGUCUAUAUUUUCAACAUGCCUGUUUUUUUGUGAGAUUUAAAAUAACUUUUUGCCCGGUAAAGUUUAUUUUGUAAUAUAAGAAUAUUGGAAAAAAUGUAUUUCUUUACCUUGGCAAAGUAUAGUAACACCUGUGUCAUCUGUAUCAAUUAUGGUUUUCACAUUAAUUAUUAGUCAAUUAGGUCUCUGUUAAAAAAAACCUUCAGAAGACUUGUGUCAUAUGCUGAAAU